AUUACUUAGUUACUCUGGUAAUUAAUUAUGUAUCCCAAGCGCCGCAGCCGCCUUUCCCGCCUACCAGGGUGCCCGCCCAUUGCAGCGAUAAUUAUAACUUUGCGCCAACCUCGAAUGGCUCGCCAACUUGCAAUUGCAUCUUUGCUUCAGCUCAAGCUAGCUCGAUCGACGCCACAAAGAAUCCAUGGUCGCGCUUUCCGGAGCGGCGUUACCAGUGACGCCUGACAAGAACACGAGAGACAAGAUUGAGAUCGAGAAGGUAGUCCGCAAACUCAAUACCGAUUAUGGAAUCGGCAUUCAGAUCCCCGACCCCACUCUCAGCCCGAACGACCGCCGGAAUCUCGGGGCUCGAGACGAGCAGUUUGCGCGGUGGGAUCGCAUCCACCGCGGCAUUCAGUUUCUAUACUACCAGCGCGGAGAUGUCUUAGAACAGGCCCUUUGCGCCUUCUUCAGCGAAGCCAAGGCCGCAAGCCUGCGCUGGGCGCCGAAGCCUCGUGCCAAUCCGGGAACCUUCCCGUCGAUACGCACUCCUCCCAAGGCGCAGACCGCGGAUCAGCAGGAGAAUCUGCAAAAUAUCCUGAUAAAGGUCAUCAACGACUACAAGGCCCGCAUGACUCCGAGCCUGCGGCUCCCCAAACCCAGUGGCGCCGCUGUUGUCGCACGCCCGGGCGACGAGUCAGACGCGAGCUCGCCCAAGUCGGCUUCCGAAUCCCCUAGCUCUGCUAGCUCCAAGCGGUCUUUUGUUAGGGACGAUGACCACGAGUCCAAGCGACUGAGAGCCAAGGAAUUUUCAGCACUGCGCUAUCAAUCACCGGCUUCCAUAGAUGCUCUCGAUAAGGUACCAAGCCGUCGACGACUUGGUGGUGCUCGGACAGACUUGUCUCCUGAGCGUCGCAGCGUCGACGAGGAGCCGGGCAUUUCUAGUAUUGCCGCCAGCAGCAACAGCAGCAGCAGCAAUGUUUCCAGUCUUUUUAGUCAUAGCGAGGGACAGCAACUAAGCCAAACAACGCAAGACGAGGAUGUAUACGAGAAGCGCCUCCUGGCCACGAGAGGUUUGGCAUUUUCGCCGCCUCUACACUGUGAUCUUCCUCGUAGAUCCGCGCCGCAGGCGUCCGCGUUCGAAGAAUUGGGAGACCCCGUCCAGCAUCCUUCACAGCGGUCAUCUACAUCCAGUGGCGAUGGCUCGGGCUUCGCUGGCUCUAGCAAUGCUACACUGGGCAAGACUUUGGAGACUCCCCGAAACCGAGGUGAUCGCCUUUCGGAAGCGCGCAAGCCUAGCGUCAUUCACUCGAGGCUACAGAACAUCUGGCCGAAGUUCCCAGCCUGGCUCCAUGAUGCGCCACUUGCCAUUGCUUGGGAGAUUACCCGAAUCUGUCUUCAUUGCAAAGUUGAUCUCGAAGACAGCGCGCUCAAAUACGACCCCUCAUGGGCGAGCUCGGAUAUGCUUACCAUCUGGAAGAGUCUGAUGCAGCUCGAUGUGUUCCGUGGGAAGUCGUUCCCCGAGCGACCAUCGGCUGAAGUCUUCGCGGCUGGCCUGACGAGUUUUGAAAGCAGGGGAAACGCGGUGGUGAUGUCGGCCGCACUGGAAUUUAACCCCGAGGAAGACGGUCCUCUCUUUCUGCUCGACAUGAGGCCGCUUCAAUUUGAUGAAGGCUGCAGGCUGACCAGGCGCUUCGGUCCGGAUCGUUUUCUGGAGGUUCUUGUUCCAUCGCCCACUGCGCUAAACGCGCCUCCGAUCAUCAAAAAGACACAAGGAGCUGCAGAGGACAUCAUCCGAUGGUUGACCCAGCAGCCACACUUCUUGGUCGGACGGCAGUGGCGGGCGUUCUUUUCAAAGGAUGCAGGAUACAGGAAGCCGGCAAAGGAUUUCACGCUCGGCCCUGAUGCCAAAGCCAUAUACAAAGAGAGGGUGCAUUUCUUCGCGGAGAGCGGUCCUAACUUCCGGCCCGCAGUCAUCCGCGCGUGGCACGACAUCCCCACAGACACCGUACAGCAGCGAACACAGCUCAAGGUGAGCCAGAUGUUGGAUUGGCUGUUACAGCUGGAAAGUAAUAGGGAGCAACCCUACUUAAAGCUUUUCUCGCGUAUCCAGCUGGGCCUUAGCAAAACAACCCCGACCGUAACCUUUGAGCCCGGCCAGAUCAUCCAUCGGCCCGAGGACAUCCUGUCUCCCACCAAGAAGAUCAUGAACGAUGGAAUCGGCCGCAUGUCACGCAGCGUCGCGAGAAAGAUUCGCGACCUCCUUGGGUUGACCGAUAUCCCCUCUGCCGUUCAGGGGAGGAUCGGGUCGGCCAAAGGGAUGUGGCUGAUGGAUGUGACCGAUCAUGGCGAUGCUGAUUGGAUUGAGACAUACCCGUCGCAACGCAAAUGGAACUGCGAUGACGCUGAUGAGCCUUUUCACAGGACACUCGAGGUCCGUAAGGUAGCGUCAGAGCUGAAGCCAGCUAGCCUGAACCUACAGUUCUUACCUGUCCUGGAGGACAGGGCUGUAGAUAAGAAGGCUAUGAGAUGCGCCAUUAGUAACCGCCUUCUUAAUGACCUGGCCAAGCAGUUUGAAGAUCAAAAGACGGCCCUCAAGCGCCCGUUACAGUUCCGGCAGUGGGUUCAUGAAAACUCGAACAACAACCGACCCGAGCGCGUCAAACACGGCCAAGUGCCCUUUCUUGGUGGGCUCCCCGCAGACAAGAAUGAGAUCCUCGCCCUCCUUAUGAAUAGCGGCUUCGACCCGAAAUCGCAAAGGUACCUUCGAGAUCUGGCUUGGGAGCUACAGAAGCAAAAGUGCGAUACACUCAGAACCAAGCUUAACAUCAAAGUUGGCCGGUCUGCUUAUAUCUAUAUGGUAGUAGACUUCUGGGGCGUCUUGGAGGAAAACGAGGUGCACGUGGGCUUCUCCUCCAAGUUCAGAGACGAGUUGGACGGGGUUUCCUACACGCUUCUGGCCGAUUGCGACGUCCUUGUCGCUCGUUCGCCGGCCCACUUUGUCAGCGAUAUACAAAAGGUGAGGGCUGUAUUCAAGCCCGAGUUGCACGCUCUCAAGGAUGUCAUUGUGUUCUCUACGAAAGGAGACAUCCCCCUUGCCGAUAAGCUGUCGGGGGGCGACUACGACGGGGAUUUCGCUUGGGUAUGUUGGGAUCCUGAAAUCGUCGACAACUUUGAGAACGCCGAGGUGCCCGUCGAGCCGGACCUUUCUGCAUACCUCCGUAAGGACAAGACGACGUUCGACGAACUGGUGUGCCGGACCGGGAAGACGGGCCGUCGCGCUCGCCAUGAUGCCGUCUACGACAUGAUCGACAAGAGCUUCCAGUUUGCCAUGCAGCCAAACUACCUGGGUAUCUGCACAAACUACAAAGAGAGGCUGUGCUACUACAACAAUAGUGUCAGCGACGAAGGUGCAGUCCUUCUAAGCAGCCUCGUCGGCAAGUUGGUUGACCAGAGCAAGCAGGGCAUCAUCUUCACCGCCGACAGCUGGGACCGGCUACGGAGGGACAAGUUCCCCGGCAAGAUGUACCUGGACGACCCCGCUUACAAAGGGAAUUACUGGUCCGGUCCCGGAGAGCCGAGCCACAUCAUCGAUUACCUCAGAUUCUCCGUCGCGAAACCCGCCAUCGAUCACGAACUCCAGUCCUUGCAUGAGUCCAUGGGACCCGAGUCCUCGGCCGGAGCGUCCGAUGGCGCCGCGCACUGGUGGGAUCCGGACCUGACCACGUACUACGAGCACCUGAAGGGCCUGGCCAAGGACACGAGGUCACGUUCGCUCAAGUCACUCCUAGACGCGCUCCAGAGGGCCAUCGGCUCCGCGGAGCUCGAGUGGAAGCGUACCAUAUCCAGCCGCAGCAGCACCCUCAGCUACCCGGACAGGGUCAAGAAGGUCUACGCUAAGUGGCUCGAGAUCGACUUCGCCUCGGUCAGUGGCCGGUGUUCCGACGGAAUCGGAAGCGGCUCUAAGCUGGCCGCGCUGUUGGAGCAGCCGUUUCUGGCCGAACGCGGGGCGGGCGCAACCAGCUACUGGGCCCUGCUCAAGGCCAGCACGGCAUUCAAGCUCUACUACAACACGAGCCCCAAGUUUGUCUGGCAGAUGGCGGGCUACCAGCUCGCAUUCAUCAAGGCGCAGGUGAGCUCGGGCGUUGGGGGCAUGCCGGUGCUGGUGACGCCCCUCAUGUAUGCCGGUCUGGCUACCGACGGGCGGUUCGUCAAGCAGUACGUGGCGCGGUUGGAGGGGGAUGGUUCCGAGUAUCAUGACGCAGAGGGUGGUCGGGAUAGUGGCGACGAAUUUGAGUAAGAAGACGACGUCAAUUAGCGCUGGAGUAUGGCGUUGAUUAAUUAUCAAUUUUCUUGCGUCUUUUUUUUUUCCAGAUUCUUUUUCUAUUGGCAACCUAACUGCCCCAAGCCGACUUCGUGGGUGUCUUGCUCGGACAUAUUCCAAAUCAGCAUAGUUUUUUUUUCU